AUGGGUCUUCUCAACCGCCUCCGCGUGCCCCAGGCCGCCGGAACCUCCGAAGUCCAUGGCCGCGACGCCCUUCUUGCAAACGACGAUCUCCGUCCGCUGAAACUCGCCGACCGCACCUGGACCCAAUGGACCUACUUCACAUUCUGGUUCUCCGCGACCGCCACCGUCUCGAACUGGUACGCAUCCUCGACUGCCCAAGCGCUCGGCCUAUCUAUGUGGGAGUCCCUCGCUUGCGCCUUCGGUGGCCAGUGUCUUAUCGCCAUCAUCAUCACUCUCAACGGCCGACCUGGAAGCUGCUACCACAUUGGCUACCCCGUUGUAUGCAGAUCUGCCUUUGGCAUUUAUGGCGCAUGGUGGCCGACUUUCAACCGCGCCGUCAUGGCGAUUGUGUGGAACGGCGUCAACGCAGUACAGGGCGGCCAGUGUAUCUACGUCAUGUUGCACGCCAUCAUUCCAGGCAUCGCGAACAUUCCGAAUACCAUGGGCGAGGGCUCGGCGCUCACGACGGCGGGAAUGAUUGGCUUCGUCAUCUUCUGGCUUGUGACCUGCGCGUUCCUGGUCAUCCCUGUCCCCAAGAUGCGCGGACUCGUGUACGCGAAGCUCUGCGUCUUCAUCAUCUCCGCCGUGGCCAUGCUCGCAUGGACAGCAACGAAAGCAGGCGGCCUCGGGCCCGUGGUUCGUCAGGGCGGGACGGCAACGGGAUCGAAGAGGGCGUGGCUCAUUGUCCAGUUCUUCAUGCUCGGCGCGGCGAACUGCGCGACCUUUGCCAGCAACGCCGCGGAUUUUCAGCGGUACGCGAAGAAGAAGAACGAUGUCAUCGUCGGGAACCUUUUCUGCUUCCCCGUUGCCAACUUCGUCGUGGCUGCCGUCGGCAACUUGGUCUGCGCCUCUAGCGAGCUGAUCUUCGGGGAGCUCAUCUGGAAUCCAAUCACGCUGCUAGAUACCCUGCAAACGACUGAGUAUACCGCGGCGAACCGCGCGGGGUGCUUCUUCAUUGCUGGUUGUUUUGCGUACUGCUGUAUCUUCAGUUCUAUAUUUGAGAAUUCUUUGCCUGCUGGCAACGAUAUUGCGGCUCUGUUCCCCAAGUACCUCACUGUACGAAGGGGCUUCUUCGUCUGUGCAGUUAUCUCAUUUGCGAUCAACCCUUGGUUCCUUCUAGGCUCUGCUUCCAUCUUCGUAUCCUUUCUUUCCUCCUACCAAAUAUUCCUAUCUGCCAUCACGGGAGUUCUUCUCGUCAACUACUACAUCAUUGGCCGUGGUCGCAUCCACAUCCCGGAUACCUUCAGUUCAGCAAAGUCUGGAGCCUACUACUACUCCCACGGGUGGAACAUCCGUGCCUAUGUCGCCUACAUCGUUGGGAUCAUCCCUAACUUCUACGGCUUCCUCAACAACAUGGGUGUAUCGGCGCCCGUGGGUGUUUCACGAUUCUACUUUUUUGCCUACUGGGUGGGCCUAGCUCUGUCUGGCUUCACCUUUUGGCUCACCUGCAAAAUCUGGCCCCCGCCUAUCAUGGAGAGCAAAUGGAUUGAACCGAAAGAUUAUGUCAGGCCCGAGGAGUUGGAAGAUGAUGGACACGUAAUUGAGGCAAUCGGAUUGCCGCAAGAGAGUCCAGUGGAAGAUAAUAAAAAGGGACUCAGUGAAAAAUCAGUGAAGGUUUAA